AUGCCGUUUGAGUGCGGUGAUGGUGGAAUCCAAAUCCCUUUCCGAGUGACAUUUAGGAAAAUCCGUCAGAUACGGAAAAAAGAGCCAUUGACUGCGAAGAGCUGCGGCAUAACAGACAGGAAGCCAAGCGAGGAGGCAGCACUAGAGCUACCGCCGUGCGUCUCACUCCUAGACUUUUUGAAGGUCCUUAAGGUUGAGUUGGAUGAACGCCGUUCAAAUAGCCUAUUCGGGACUUGGGGUGGGGUGGAGAAUGUCUCGUCAGCUAAAAACAGGACUCGAUUCGGUGACUUGCUGGAUCAAACCCGCUUGCGUUUGCUUCUGUUGAUUUCUUUUUGGAAUCGCCCGGACUUCCUUCCUGUUCUCGUGUACUUCAGAAUUUUGAGACACGAAUCCAAGCAUCAACAGGGAAUAGGGUUGACCGCUGGGACAGGAUCCACCGGCUCAAAGAAAAGAAAAGAAAGUAUGAAGCUACCAGUGACGAUUCCUACCCAUGAUAAUCAAUAUAAGCCAAGACCGAGUAAGACCACAGGAAUCAUGGAUGAAAUCUCUGGUAUUCCGGGGUGCCUCUCGGCUUCGACAUUCGAGGUGGUGACCCACAGCACAUCAUAA